UCGGGGAAGAGCUGUGAUUGGCUGUUGGAGGACGUAAGACGGGACCCGCUGGCAGCGUGCUCCUCUGCAUGCCUGCGCUCCUCCUGCCGUUUCUCCCAACAACUUCUCUGGUUUGUCUUUCAGGAGAGAUCCGUCUGCGCCAUGGCCUCCGCUCCAGAGUUAAACAUUGGAAAGAAGCUCAAUGAAGGGAAGACUAAGCAGAUCUUUGAAAUCGUGGACCAACCCGGACUGGUUCUGGUCCAGUCCAAAGACCAGAUCACCGCCUGGAAUGCUGUGAGGAAAGACCAGAUGGAGGGGAAGGCUGCCAUGGCCAACAGGACGACGAGCUGCGUGUUCCAACUGCUGCAGGAGUCUGGCAUUAAGACUGCUUUUGUGAAGCAGCACUCGGACACGGCCUUCAUUGCAGCCCACUGUGAGAUGAUCCCCAUCGAGUGGGUGUGCCGCAGGGUGGCCACCGGCUCCUUCCUCAAGAGGAAUCCUGGCGUCAAAGAAGGCUUUCGCUUCUCUCCCCUGAAGAUGGAGAUGUUCUUCAAAGACGAUGCCAACAACGACCCCCAGUGGUCGGAGGAGCAGCUGCUGGAGGCUAAGUUUUGUCUGGCCGGGCUCCCCAUUGGCAGGUGUGAGAUGGACAUCAUGAACCGCAGCACUGUGGCCAUUUUUGAGAUUCUGGAGAGAGCUUGGGCCACUCAGGACUGCACUCUGGUGGACAUGAAGAUCGAGUUUGGUGUAAACGUGAAAACCCAAGAGAUUGUGCUCGCUGAUGUGAUCGACAACGACUCGUGGAGGCUGUGGCCAUCGGGCGACCGGAGCCAGCAGAAGGAUAAGCAGGUGUACAGAGAUUUGAAGGAAGUCACCCCAGAAGCCAUGCAGGUGGUGAAGAGAAACUUUGAGUGGGUGGCUGAACGGGUCAAGAUGCUGCUGGAGCCCCAGGUCAGCGGCAGAGUGGUGGUUCUGAUGGGUUCCACUUCAGACGUGGCUCACUGUGAAAAAAUCAAGAAGGCCUGUGUGUCGUAUGGGAUCUCCUGCACUUUGCGGGUGACCUCAGCUCACAAGGGUCCAGACGAGACGCUCCGCAUCAAAGCGGAAUAUGAAGGUGACGGCGUUCCCACUGUUUUUGUGGCCGUGGCUGGCAGAAGUAACGGCCUCGGGCCGGUUAUGUCCGGAAACUCCGCCUAUCCUGUCAUCAACUGCCCGCCUCUUACUCCUGACUGGGGAGCGCAAGACGUGUGGUCGUCGCUGCGCAUGCCGAGCGGUCUUGGGUGCUCCACCAUCCUGUCUCCUGAAGCUGCUGCUCAGUUUGCCGCACAGAUCUUUGGCUUGACCAACCAUCUGGUUUGGUCCAAACUUCGGGCCUCCAUGCUCAACACCUGGGUGUCUCUCAAGCAGGCGGACCAGAAAUUACAGGCCUGCAGCCUGUGAUUGACCAAUUUAUGCCUGUUAUCAGAUGAUGCUUCCUGCAUACAUUCCAUUAAAAAAAGCUGAUUUCAAA